UCUAGAGUGUCAGAUGUCUUUCUGAAUUUCAGCAGAAGAAAAAUAAUAACUGUGAGCAGUCAUACCGAAAAAAGUAACCCAAAUUUUUCAUUAAAUUGCCCCGUUGGCUUGUAUAUUUUGUCAGCCCAACGGGUUGCGAAGGAAAUCUCCCCUAUAACUUGAAAAAUGGGAACAGUCAUUCCAGAAAAUCAAGAGAUAUCUAGUUUUUUAGUGACAAAGCUUUCAAACUGGCGAGGAAAGUAUAAACGAAUCUUUACGAUCGGCACUCACGCUAUUACCACUUACAAUCCGAAUAAUUUAGAAGUGACCAAUCAAUGGCCAUACGCUGAAGUCAUUGGAAUUAAAGCCGUCGAAAAAUCAGAGUUCAUUCUCAACAUUAUUAGAAAGAAGAAACGAGAUUCUAUGAGAUUCACUUGUGAUCAUCGUUCAGAAUUUUUAUUUGAAUUUCUACGUGUCAAGUUGAAUUGUGAUCAGCAGCGUAAAGAGUGCUGUAAGUAUGAUGCUUACAAGCAUCAUUGGUCAGGUAUUAAACUUCCAGUGAUUUUGGAAGUCAAUCCGUAUGGAGUUCUUCAGCUUGAACCAACCACAAAACAACAACUUGCAGUCUAUCCCUUUUAUGAAAUUGAAGGCAUUGCACUAAUAGAAGAUAGUCCACAAGCAAUUGUUUUUAGAAGAGUAGGUUUUAGUAGGCUUCAUAUUUUUGAAAUUCCUGGACGCAGUGAUAUCCUCUCAAAAAUCCAAGAAACCGCACUUGCCAAUGUUGUCAUUCCAAUUAAGCAACUGAAAUCAUUCAAUACCUUAAAUCAAGCAGUUUUGGAGAGGCUUGGUAACUACAGCUCAGAUGAGCAUUUGACUUCUCUUAUUGAAUUUCCCGUCCACAAAAUCACUCCUCGCCAUCCUGAUGCUGUCCGGAGACUACUAUGUUUAUCAGAAACUUGCCUUCUCGAACGAGAUCCCGAUACCUACAGCGUUUGCACUCUCAAGCCGUUGGAAGAUGUUUUUGCCAUGGUCCGUAAUCCCGAUGAUCAGCAAAGCUUCUCUGUUGAAUUUCUUCGUGGAGGAACACGUAGCUACCGCGCCACGGAGCGGGAUGCCCUCUUGGCCACUUUAUUAGAUGGUGUAAGGUCAUCAGGCAAUCGAGAUAUCCACGUUAGAUCAACGUUAACGAAUAGAGCUCUGAGGCUUACUCCUUUACGUCAACCACCAGAUGAAGAGAUUGAGUCGAUGCAUUUACGUUGGCUGGUCCAACCUCCACCUUCCGUUCCUCUUUCAUUGGCUACGCUCCGCUUUAAUUGUAGUGUAAACUAUGGUGGACUUCAAUUUGCUAAUACCCAAGAAGGUAUUUUCUUUACAGAAAACAAAGAAAAAUCCAUCCAUGCUGCCCUUUCAGCUUUGGUGGAAGAGGAUUCACCAGGAAAUCAAGAUAAAGCUGAUACUGAACAAGAAUUUUUGGCGUUACGUCGCUUAGUGGCGUCCAGAGCAGGCUUCGCCGCAUUCACUCAUUUGGUUGGGUUUCGAGAAAAACUUGGGCUUAAAGUAGUGAGAGCUUUGCAGCGGGACCGUGACCAUGUUACCCAAGCGGCUAUCGACGUCCUUUGUGCGCUAAUGGAGCCCAUGUAUGAUGAGAGCGAUUUACGUCAAGAACAACUCAAUAAAAGCUCCCUGCUUUCUUCACCUAAAUUUCUUGAAGGUAUUUUGGAGCGGUGGACGCAGCAUGUGCUUCGUGGAACUGGGGCAUUAGUGGUGAUAUCUGUUCUAGAUUUUCUCACGUUUGCUCUUUGUGCACCGUAUAGCGAAACAACUGAUGGAGCUCAUUUUGACGCUCUGUUGGCUAUUAUCGCAAAACGGGGCAAGGAACUCUUCCGUCUUUUACAACACCCAUCUCUUUCAGUCAUUAAAGGAGCAGGAUUGCUUAUGAAAGCUGUAGUUGAAGAAGGGGACGAAACCUUGGCUGCUCGAAUGCAACAUUUGGCCCUCUCUGAAGCUGCCUUGCCACGCCACUUACUAACAGCAUUUUACACAAAGAAACCAGCGGGAUCUAUUGGAGAUGGCCGUCUUUUACUUAACCGCCAACUGUCACGGAAGUUGGUUGCAUUAUGGACAUCCAACAACCCAGAAGCGUUGAAACUUUUCCAAAGAAUCCUUCCGGCAGGACUUUUAAGUUUUUUAGAAUCCACUGAAAGUGUCCCCGAAACAGCCGAUGAAGAAUUAGGCGAGGGCGUUCCAAACCGUGAUAAUCUAAAAAUUGCUAGCGAUGAGUACGGCCGCAAGCAGAAUCCUCAAUGGCAGAAGUCAGUAGAGCGCCAUGUUAAGACAGCACACAAGAUGUUGGCCAAACAUGUGGAAGGAGCUUUACAGCACUGGAGAUCUAGAGAUCAUGCAACCAGACGUCAAGAAAAACCAAAAGAACGCCCUGUUGUCCUUAGAAGAAGAAGGCAACGAGUAAAAGCAGAGGGAAAUUGGGAACUAUUGUGUUACCAGUUCUGGAAAGAACACGCCCUUCCCAACUUGAUAUGGAACGCUAAAACGAGAGAAGAACUUAGAGAAGCAUUGGAAAAUCAGCUUCGAACAUGCAUUCAAGAUCGAGAACUAUCUGGAAUGGAAUCCAUCGCUUGGAACCAUUCGGAAUUUGAAGUAAGCUAUCCGUCCCUAGUGGAUGAGGUCCGAGUUGGUGACUACUAUUUAAGAGUCUUACUGCAACAUAACCAACCUACGGGAUGCCUAGCAAUCGACAUUAAAGAUCCUGUUGCUUUUUUUGAUGAGCUCUAUCGCCGUUUCUUAACUGCUCCCAAACCAGCACUACGCUUACCCUGCUUACAAGCCAUGGCACUGGUUUACGGCCGUCAUCGGGACGUCAUCGGGUCUUUUCCAGAUACGGGUUACCUAGUAACACUGUUGGAGCGUUGUAUCGACUACGAAGAACGUGACCGGUUGGUCUGCCUUUUGGCACAGUUGGUGAACGAGCCACUCAACGUCAAGGGCCUGCUCGACGCUGAUGGCCUUCGCUAUCUUAUUGAUCUUCUUCCGUUGGCGCACCUUCACACUCGUCGAGCUGUGCUAGUCAGUCAGAGUAACGUGAUUGAAGCUGGAAACGACAUGCAGCAACCCGGAGAAAAAGAGAAAGAAUGGUACUAUGGGAAUGCAGCGGGGGAGCGCCUAGGGCCCUUCAGCUUUGUCGAAAUGAAAGAGUUGUUCAAAAAGGGUAAUUUGAAUGCAAAAAGUCGUUGCUGGGCGCAAGGACUGGAUGGCUGGAAAUCGCUACAAAACGUGGCCGUAUUUAAAUGGAGUAUUUUGGCUACGGGUUCGCCUUUACUCAACGAAAGCGAUUUGGCUGCUUUGAUUCUCAAUCUUCUUAUUCGCAUCUGCGAAUACUUUCCUAGUCGUGAUAACGAAGGAUCUGUAAUUCGGCCCCUACCAAGGGUAAAGCGGAUUCUGAGUGAUGCGCUCUCUUUGCCACAUGUGGUCCAGUUACUUUUAACAUUCGAUCCUAUCUUGGUUGAAAAAGUUGCCACUCUUCUCAGCCUCGUAAUGAGCGACAAUCCAAUACUCUCUCGCCUAUUCAACAGCGGAGUUUUCUUCUUUGUCAUGAUGUAUACAGGCUCCAAUGUUCUCCCCAUCGCAAAGUUCUUGAAGAUGACCCAUACGACCCAAGCACUCAGCUUAGAGGAUAGUACGGAUCAGCUACCACGGAGCGUACUCUCACCUCUUUUACCGGAAGCUAUGAUUCGCUAUUUGGAUACUUACGGACCAGAAGAGUUUUCUCAAGUUUUCUUGGGCGAAUUCGAUACUCCAGAGGUGAUCUGGGGAUCCGAAAUGAGGCGUUUGCUGAUCGAGAAAAUUGCUGCUCAUUUGGCCGAUUUCAGUCCCCGCUUACAAAGCAAUCCACGUGCCUUGUACCAGUUCUGUCCUAUUCCUGCCAUUGCCUACCCACAACUGGAAGCAGAAUUGUUUUGCCAUGCCUACUACCUCCGUCACCUGUGUGACACGCUUCGGUUCCCUAACUGGCCCAUCAAAGAACCAGUUAACUUGCUGCGGGAGUUAUUGGAGUCUUGGAGAAGGGAAGUGGAAAAGAAACCUUCGGGAAUGACAGAAGAUGACGCCUUAACAACUCUCGGCCUUCCCAAGUCAACACCUUUCAACGAUGCCACCAUACGCAAAGCCUAUUUCAAACUUGCUCAGCAGUUUCAUCCAGAUAAAAAUCCUGAAGGUCGUGUUAUGUUUGAAAAAGUUGCUGUUGCUUACCAGUGGCUUUGUAAUCGCAAUCUUCGCGCAACAGACGGACCGGAUGCGCAUAAUAUGUUACUACUUUUACAAGCCCAGACUAUCGUCUUUGAUCGGUACGGUGUUGAACUCGAGCCCUUCAAGUACCCUGGCUACCCACAGUUACUCCAAACGGUUCGGCUCGAAACAGAAGACAGUCAGCUAUUUAGCAAAACGACUUCACUUUUGGGCGCCGGAGUGGCUUUGGCUUACCAAACAGUACGUUGUUCCGCUCUGAAUGCAGAAGAGUUGAGAAGGGAAGGAGGGCUGGAAUCACUUUUAGAGGCCAUUACUCGAUGCAUACCAAUGAUUGGAUCAUCCUCAAAAACUGAGGAUGUAGCGGUCCAGGUUUGCAUGCAUGCUUCCAGAUGUCUGGCGGUAGCUGGUCGUUUCCAAGCAUGUCGCGAUCGAUUAGCUGAACUGAAAAUGUUGACUCCGGAAAUUUGCCGUUUACUUAGUCAUCGUCAUUUACCUAAGCUGUGCCAAGCAGCUUGUGAGUGUGUGGCUUCUUUGGCUCAAGAUUCGGUGCUGCAGCUCCAACUUCUUCAAGCCGGAGCUCUGUGGCAUUUAUUAAUCAUGCUCUUUGAUUAUGACUUCACUCUGGAUGAGGGUGGAGUUCAGCGGUCUGAGUCCUCGAACAAGCAAGAGGUUUCGAACACUUUGGCUAAAGCGGCUUUGUUCGCUUGCGCUAGACUCGGCGGUUACCUAAAAGGCCCCGAAGCUUCACCUCCCAACACCGCAGUCCAAGAAGCUCUCAGUGCCAUGUUAACACCUUAUCUGGUCGGUCGGCUAGGUGUUUGGACUGCAGAAGAAUUUCUUAAAGUCCUGACCAACAACACAGAAAAUCCUGUCCUAAUUUGGGAUAAUAGUACACGCUCUCAACUGUUGGAGUUUCUAUUGGAGCAGCAACGAACUCAUAUUCGGUCGGGCGAAAGUGAUUUAACGUAUGGUGCAACCUACUUGCACGAAACUUACACCAAAAAGUUGAUUAUUGGCGGCAUUUUCGCUCGUGUUUAUAACCGCCAGCCUGAUUUUCAACUGGAAAAUCCAGCUAACUUUGUUGUUCAUCUCCUCAAUUAUUUGACGCAACACUCCCAACAGGUCGACCUGGAGAAUACCAACUCAGCUUUGCAAGCGUUGUUUAAUGUGAUGAAAGCAACGCCAGUCGUAGCUUUACAGUGCCUUGGACGUUUUCAAUGUCUUUUCCAACUAGCAAUAAAUUCACCUACUACUGGGCACUUAGCUCUACAGGUAAUUCAUCUAGCAUCCCAACAAAACGAAUGCGUUGUUGACAUAGGCUCGUCUCAACUUAUUAAUUACCUGCUAUGUAUUCUUCGAUCGCCGAACUCCAACAGUGUGGGGUUGUGUCUCGACACAAUCUACACACUCUUGUCACACACUCCCAUUGUUAAAGAAGCCUUAGCGAAAGGAGGUGUUGUGUUUGUAUUGGACGUCUUUUGCAACGAAACCAACAUGGAACUGAGAAUUCGAUCUGCCGAACUGUUGGCCCGGAUGGCAGCCGAUCGUCUUGUGGGUGGCAGAGUUCGCAUCCAGAUGGGCAAAUUUCUGCCGGUUCUUUUCGCUGAUGCCAUGCGUGAUGCUCCGGCUACGGCGGUUCAACUCUUUGAAUCGAGUUCAGAAAAUCCAGAAAUUAUUUGGACCGAGGAUAUGCGACUGAGACUGUCAGCUGUUCUUCGACAAAUAAUCAAGCGUCAAUUGGCUGUGAUAAACCAAGAUUCAAAUGCAGAAUGGCCAGGCAUUGACCCUCACGACGAAUCAGAGCUGCCCAAUUUGGAUUCUGAAAUAUGCGUUGGUGGCAUUUAUCUGCGACUGUUGGUGGCGAAUCCCGGUUGGGUUCUACGAAAGCCAAAGGAAAUUCUUGGCGAAUUACUGGAAGCUGGACUUCAAGGCUUGCAAAAAGAAGGAGAAACGGAGAAAACCAAGCUUAUCGUUUCGUCCAUCUCAGGACUAUUGCAUAGUCAACCCGUUCUAUCGGAACACAUUCCGGCGCUGGGUCCGCUACCUCGAUUGUUACGUCUUUUGUCAUCUUCCAACAGUUCGAGUGCAGUGACUGCUCGAUUGCUUAGGCUCUUGAAUCCGAUGGCGAGUAGUAGUACUUGCGUGGAGGCGUUUUCUAGGUUAGAAUGCAUUGCACCGAUUGCCUCCGCUAUGCAACAUCACCCAGAGCACGUAACCAUUGUGUUGGAAACUCUUGAGAAGCUUAUAACAUCGUUCUCGGGAGCAGAAGAAUUUGCACAGCAAGCAAUCAAUGCCGAACUGGUGCCGCAAUUGUUGAAAUUAUUGGAAGAGUCUGUCAAUCCACAUUUGUCGUCUUCUGGACGAGCUCUAGUGGUUUCCAUUUUAAAAGCUCUCGCCGGAAGCCGCUUACACGGAAGUCGGAUAACCUCUCUCCUAGAUCAGUCAUCUUGCUGGGCUUCCUAUCGGGAUCAGCGACACGAUCUUUUCCUACAAGCCUCCGGUUCUGCAUUGCCAAUUGCUGCCGGAGCUGGGGUUGCCGGUUACAUCACUCAUCAUAAUCGCGGUACUGUGGGAGGGCAGCAUCAAUCGCCUCCGCCUCCUCCGUCAUUCGACCCUCUACAGUCACGUGAUUAAAUUUCUCGAAAACCCCACAAGUGCCAAUUGUUUAAUUGUAUUAUUCUUGUUUAGCGUUUGCACAGCGAUGCACGCAUAUAUAAUUCUUCUUCCCUAUCCGUUGUACUAAUACGUGUAGGUCAUACUUUCACCCUACAUAAAUUUCAUUCUUCUUCUUACCGCCAGUGAUGCCAGAUGUUUGGAAAUACAAAGGAAAAAUUCAUGAUUA